AUGAGGCGGUUUCGUAAGACGAAGUUUCACUCCCUCGACAAAAUGCUGAGGAAUUUCUACGUGGCUCUCCUCCUGUGGCGGAUCGAUUGUGUCGUUGAAAGCACUAAAGUGGUUAAAAGCAACAUGCGCUAUCAAACAACAUCUCCACUAAGCCGCGUUGGGCCCACAGCGUCACAACGAGAUGCGGAGCCGGACUUCGUUGGGCCUAUCGAAAAUGUUACCGUUGCUUUGGGCAGAGAGGCGGUACUUACUUGCUCCGUUUCAGAUAUAGGAGACUAUAAGGUGGCGUGGAUAAGAGCUGAUGAUCAGACGAUACUGACUCUCCACACACGUUUGGUGACGCACAGCUCUCGCUACGCUGUCACCAAUGACUCCCCGAGUUCGUGGCAGUUGCACAUUCGUCCUUUGAAGAUCGAGGACCGGGGUUGCUAUAUGUGCCAGAUCAAUACCAGCACUAUGAAGAAGCAAAUCGGUUGUGUCGAUGUUUUAGUUCCACCGAACAUCGUGGAUGAAGGAACAAGUGGCGACAUGGUUGCACGAGAAGGUACAGACGUCAGUCUUUCUUGCAAGGCUGAAGGUAGACCACUUCCUCGGAUUCUGUGGAGGAGAGAAGACGGUUCAAAUAUAUUGCAGAGAAAUGAAGCUGGAGAGCUACAUAAAGUUGAUAUGUACACGGGGCCGUCCUUGAACCUCACAAAGGUGGAUCGCAAACAAAUGGGUGCGUACUUGUGUAUAGCCUCCAACGACGUGCCACCUUCCGUCAGCAAGAGAAUCAUGCUCAGCGUUAAUUUCAGUCCAUCAAUAUCAACGCUAACAAAGGUGAUAGGAGUUCCUACGGGGUCGCAAGCAACCUUGGAAUGUAAUGUUGAAGCGUAUCCACAUGCCAUCAACUUUUGGCUGAAGAGUGGUGAGAAGACAAUGAUUCUGUCAAGUAACAAACACGAAAUCAGAGAGGUGAGGGUAUCUCCGUACCAAGUGAAGAUUGUUUUGACUAUAUCGGAGUUCUCUACUGAAGAUACAGGCACCUACACCUGUGUGUCGAGUAAUACUAUAGGAAAGGCCGAAGGGACUUUGAGAUUGUAUGAAAUAAAAAUUACUACAACCACGACGACGACGACAACCACAACCACAACGACCACCACUACGACGACCACGACACCACCGCCCACUACCACCGAGUUAACGACACAACCACCACUGCAGCCAGCUGAACAAAAAUUUUUCACACCAGAUGUAACAACAUUCGAUACAAUGCAGAACGUUAUAGAGCAGUCCGUCCUCGACAACAACUGGCUACCAACUGUCGAUUCUCGCGGAACGCGAUCAAUACAAACUUCCAUCUUAAUUCUUGGUCUACCCACAUUUCUUUGCUUUUUACGUUUAUUACGAAUAACAGAUUUUAUAUUAGGAAAUCAAUACGUUUUCCAAUGUUCAAGAUGA